GCGACAGUACGGCAAACCCUCACUGAGUUCGGGUGCUACUGGUACACUCCAGCUGAGACUUCAACCGCUGGUUCAGCAAUUACGCAAGAAACUGAAAUAUACCUAAACAGAUCAAAGCCCUCAAACUGGUCUGAGAGCAAUACUAGAAAUUCUGUAUGAUAUGGCAGAUGUCACGCAAGGCAACGAGUCCACUCAGGGGGACGUUAAUAUUAAUCGAUUCGCUCGCAAAGGUGCGCUGAAGCAGAAGAACGUCCAUGAAGUGAAGAACCACAAAUUUAUCGCAAGAUUUUUCAAACAACCGACUUUCUGCAGCCACUGCACUGACUUCAUCUGGGGAUUUGGCAAGCAAGGAUUUCAGUGCCAAGUUUGCUGUUUCGUGGUUCACAAGCGCUGCCAUGAAUUUGUCACAUUCUGCUGCCCUGGAGCGGACAAGGGUCCGGACACAGACGACCCCAGGAGCAAGCACAAGUUCAAAAUCCACACCUAUGGAAGCCCCACGUUCUGUGACCACUGCGGCUCGCUUCUUUACGGACUCCUCCACCAAGGGAUGAAGUGCGACACCUGUGACAUGAACGUCCAUAAGGUGUGCGUGAUGAACGUGCCCAGCCUGUGCGGGAUGGACCACACGGAGCGGCGCGGCCGCAUCUUCCUCAAGGUGGAGGUCACCGGGGAGAAGCUGCAGGUCACAGUAACCGAGGGAAGGAACCUGAUUCCCAUGGACCCUAACGGCGCAUCCGACCCCUACGUGAAGCUCAAGCUCAUCCCCGACCCCAAGAACGAGACCAAGCAGAAGACCAAGACCAUCCGCUCCUCCCUCAACCCCAUCUGGAACGAGACCUUCAAUUUCAAGCUAAAGCCCACUGAUAAGGACCGCAGGCUGUCGAUAGAGAUCUGGGACUGGGACCGCACCACCAGGAACGACUUCAUGGGAUCCCUGUCCUUUGGCGUGUCUGAGCUGAUGAAGGCACCCAUGUCUGGCUGGUACAAGCUGCUGAACCAGGAGGAGGGCGAGUACUACAACGUGCCCAUCUCUGAGGAGGACGACGGCAACGACGAGCUGCGGCAGAAGUUUGAGAAAGCCAAGCUCGGGCCCAAGAAGGUCAUUACGCCCUCGGACGACAGUCAGUCCUGUCUGCCGUCCAGCGACCUGGACAUGGUCAAACUGGACGACUUUAACUUCCUGGCCGUUCUGGGCAAAGGCAGUUUUGGAAAGGUGAUGUUGGCGGAGAUGAAGGAGACGGAGAUGCUGUACGCCAUCAAGAUCCUGAAGAAGGACGUGGUGAUCCAGGACGAUGACGUGGAGUGCACCAUGGUGGAGAAGAGGGUGCUGGCCCAGCAGGACAAGCCGCCAUUCCUCACCCAGCUGCACUCCUGCUUCCAGACCGUGGACCGUUUGUAUUUUGUGAUGGAAUAUGUCAACGGUGGGGACCUCAUGUACCAUAUCCAACAAGUGGGCAAGUUCAAGGAGCCUCAGGCUGUCUUCUAUGCAGCAGAGAUCGCUGUUGGGCUGUUUUUCCUGCACAAGAAAGGAGUCAUAUACAGGGACCUGAAGCUGGACAACGUGAUGCUGGACGCAGAGGGCCACAUCAAGAUCGCCGACUUUGGCAUGUGCAAGGAGAACAUGCUGGAGGGCGUGACCACCCGCACCUUCUGCGGCACCCCCGAUUACAUCGCCCCCGAGAUCAUUGCUUAUCAGCCUUAUGGACGCUCCGUGGACUGGUGGGCCUACGGAGUCCUGCUGUACGAAAUGCUGGCAGGACAGCCCCCCUUUGAUGGUGAGGAUGAGGAUGAGCUCUUCCAGUCCAUCAUGGAACACAACGUCUCCUACCCCAAGUCCCUGUCCAAAGAGGCCGUCUCUGUCUGCAAAGGGCUGAUGACCAAGCACCCAUCCAAGCGGCUGGGCUGUGGGUCGGAGGGCGAGCGUGACAUCAGGGAGCACGCCUUCUUCCGUCGCAUCGACUGGGACCGCCUGGAGUGCCGCGACAUCCAGCCGCCCUUCAAGCCCAAAGUGUGUGGCAAAGCGGCUGAAAACUUUGACAAGUUCUUCACACGGACACAGCCCCAGCUGACCCCCCCAGACGAGCUGGUCAUCGCCAACAUCGACCAGGCCGAAUUCAAUGGCUUCAGCUUCAUCAACCCCCAGUUUGUGGCCCCCUCUGCAGGCCCAGUGGCUUAGAUCCCCUCUUUACACCCCCCCAACACCCUUCCCAACCAAUUAACCCUCACAAAACUAGAAGCCAAAACUUACCCAUUUUUGUGAAAUUUGGGACAUUUUUAUUUUCCAAAGCAACCCCUCUGCUUUUUGUUUUAUUUUUUAUUUUAGGCCAGUUGUAAGAGUAACACAGUUUUCAUUUUAUGUUUCAAUCACGAGAGUCCACAGUUAGCACUGGACGGUCAGUACACGUGCAUCGAUAAUCCAAAAAACCCUUUGGUGCGGUGCACAGUUUAGCCAUUUCAGAUGUGCAUAUCACUUAGCAACCUGCAGUUCCAUACCUCCUCCGCCUGCCAAAUACCACAGCUGCCAUAUCAUGAUAUGGGAGCUGCUGAACCCACGACCGUGCUUCCUGAUGUCUCCUGCUCCCAUAGGUCUCCUCACCCUCAGCAGCCCUGCCGUACAGCACAGGCAGUCACCACGUGGUAAAGGCAACAGGGAUCUGCUGGAACCCCAACAUUGCUCUCGAAUGUUGACUUUAGUUGGAUCUGAUGUACUUGAUUGGUUUACUGUUAGUUGGUUUUGUCAUUGUGUUUUGUUUUUUUGAUCCCCAUGUUUAGCCCUAGAGUCCCGUUUUAGCGUUGGCAUCCCAGACCAGGCCUUUCUAAGAUACGCUAGCGUGUACGGCGUCUAUAGACACUAGCAGCCAUGGGAGGGGACAUCAUGGUAUAUGACCUCAGUAAUGUGAGCACCAUAUGGGACACAUGUGCGAUGCCAUUCGCAGCAGAAACACAUCAGUAUACUCAGACAUGUGACUUAAUGAAUUAUUCAUGCCAUGUAGCUGUAACACAACAGACUGAUUUGGACAGUUGACUCCUCGCUAAACUGCUCCCUCACUUGCACACGGCCAGUUUAUGUAUCAGUCAGCCAGUACAGGUCAAAGUUCAUCGUAGCGUCUCAUCUUUUAGGGGCAUGUUACGAUGCCUUGCUGCCACGUCACACGCAUACACACAUACACCUAAAGGCAUUUAAUAACAAAAUGGGUCGACAGAAACUGCAGGUUGUUUUCAAAUAGACUACAUAAACCACUUCAAUCACAAACGAGGACACUGCACACGGUUAAUAUUGUAGAUCGUUGUCUUAGCAAAACUUACUACCUUGGCCAUACAGUGAAGGGGUGUCUAGUAGACGACUGAAGAUCUUCCAUCGUUAUCUACGAUACAAAAAAGUGAAGGUUGUUAAAGAAAUGAAGUUAUACAAAUAAUGAAGUUUUAUGCUACCUAGCGUAUCUUGAAUUUUCGGUACAAAGUGAAACAUCUUGCCAACAGCGCAACCAAGUAUUACAUUAUUUUAUGAAAUUAUGUGGAAAUCUUUUACUUUCUCUGUUUACGUUUUGAUUUUAGAUUUACAUGCAUAGAUCUGCUCUAAUGUGAUGUCUUGCUUUUUUCCAGUAAGAAUAAUUAAUAUCACUGAAAUAUCAACAGUGAAUUAACUAUUUUGUAAAUAUUAAUGAAUUAUUUAAUAGGAAGUAUAACAACAUGCAGUUUUUAUACCAACCAACUGAAUGUGCUUUUAUUACAUUAGAUAGGGGAGGAUAUUUAUAUGUACGAUAACCCAUAAGAAAUCAACUUUGUAACUGGUGGGAAACCAUCUUUAAUAGGUUUUCCGAAAUCAGCCAAUGUCUACACUUAUCUAGAUUUGAACGAAUUUAUCAGAUAACUCACUGACAUUUUUUCAUAUCGUUUUGUUUGAGCGGGGGGAGAAAUAGAGCCAUAUCUGCGCAUGAUUGGCUGCAGAGUUUGAGCUAGUCUAAAUGCCUCAGUCUGGCUGCGAUGUCUGUGUGUGUAUGAGUGUGUAUGUGUGUGUGUGUGUGUGUGUGUGUGUGUGUGUGUGUGUGUGUGUGUGUGUGUGUGUGUGUGUGUGUGUGUGUGUGUGUGUGUGUGUGUGUGUGUGUGUGUGUGUGUGUGUGUGUGUGUAUGUAAGUCUUUGGCUUUCCCUUGACUGCAUGUGGCGAUCAUUGAAUAACAAUGCACGCGGAUAAACCACUCUGACUCUGCAUGUCUCUCAGUAUAGUGCCCGGGUGUCAGCGUUUGCAGCAUGGUCUAAAUGUCCCAAAAGAAACAACAAAGAUAUUACUACGGGAGGCUCCCAUCACCGCUUAACUCAAAGGUGAUGGUGACUGGCUCUUCAUCUUAAUAGAUGUUAUUGAUGUGCGUGAGUGUGUGUGUGUGUAUGUCUGUGUGUAUAUAUAUAUAUGAUGUGUGUAUAUAUAUACUGGCUUGUUCGUUCUUUUUUCCCCUUUUAGUUUUCACAUAUCUACGUAAACGAUUUGUAAGACGGUCCCUGUCAUGCUGGUAUGAGAAGCUUAGCCAUGGCGAGGCCGUUGAGUCAAUGUCACAUUUCAAAUCGCGUUGCCAUCAUCCAUUGCACCAUCAAAUCAAAAGCCUAUCAGAUAGGUUUGUGUCCAUAUCCGCAAUGAUGGGACAUCGUUACCAUCCUGCACAAAUUCCGCCUCUGCUAUGAGCAUCAUAAUAGCAGCGCUUAAAACAAAAUAAAAACAGUUUAUAAUCAAGAUAGGAAGCACCUGUUGACUGCUCUCAUUUCCACUCUCUCUCUCUCUUUCUUUCUUUCUCUCUCUCUCUCUCUCUCUUUCUCUCCUCAUUGCCACUCUUUUUAACCAGUGCCAAACAGAGAACAGACCGAGCCCGACAAUAGCAGUGUUGCACUAACUGUAGUCACGUUUUCACGACUCACAGUCUCUCUACUACUUCCUGCUUCCGUCUGAGGGGAGAGCUCACGUUUAUUCAUCGUGUACGGCGUCAGUCCAUCGCUGAAGGACCCACAGCUAGCUGUCAUUGCCUGCUUGUUAUUUCUACGUGCUCAGGCGGUGCUGAUGCAAGUUGAGUGGCAAGUUUUUUCGCCCGAUCCUAACACCCCUUCUCCACACCCACCCUCUUGUUUUUUUUGUGUGUUGUUUUUGUGAGCCUGGAAUGUGCCAUUCCUACCUGUGUGUUUCUCCGACCUGCCUACGAAACCUCCCUGUGCCUCUCUCUGAAUGACCGUCUGAAUGAGUGCAUGAGUGCAUGAAAUGGGGGAAUGUAACGGUGGAGAUGGAGUGCGACCCCUCCCGAUGGCCAGAGGGGCGAGACUUGAGCACUGAGGGAGAGAGAGUGAGGAAAGGCGUCCGCCUGCUGUCCUCCUCAACACUCACAGCUCCGGCUGUUGGUCCUCAUUUAUCCUCCCUCCCACACCUUCUCUCUCUCUCUCUCUCUUUCUCUGAGUGUUUGUAACUGCUCUCCUUGUCUCUUUCUCUCAUUCUGUGUGUGUGUGUGUGUGUGUUAUUCUCUCUCUCUCUCUGUCUCUCUCUCUCUCUCUAUCUAUCUCUCUCUCCCCCGUGGUCUCAGUGCCUACCCAAACAGUUGAUCCUGACCUGUAAGAUUGCACUCCCCCAUCUUCCCCACACCCAGAGCUUUAUAGAACCCAACAUUUCACCAAAGCAGAUUCAUCAUUUCUCUUGGUUAUCAGUCCAACUAUGACAAAAUUGACUUAAGUAGGACAUUUUGUUCUUGUUUUUUAUUUGUGUCUACCUAUUAAUCUGAAGCAUAUGAUGGCACAUGGGCCAAGUAAUUUGCAGUUUUUGUUUGUCUACUGUUUCCUUCUUUGUUUACAUUAUAAGUAGCUCAUUGAAUGGACAGAUAUUUUCUUUUAGACUUCAUGGCUUUUGUAGGCAAUCCAACCUCAAAUCUUCAAUAUUUGAUUUAUAUUUUAGGACAUAUCCUAACUUGUGUGUUUUUAGCUUACUCGCCUAACUGUUGAUUUGUGUCGCUCCUCUCUCUGCCUUCCCUAUGACACGUGAUCCAUCUUUGUGAUGUUAUUUGCUCUGCAUGAAGAGAUAGAUUCAUUUGAAUAGGACCAGUAUGUUUUUUGCAGUUUUGCUUUUUCUUUCUCUCUGUCUCACUCUCACUUUCCUGCUUGCACUAUCCCUCUCUCUCUCUCUCUCUCUUUCUCUCUCUCUCUGUUUUUCUCUCUCUCGUCGAGCACAGGAUCAACAGAUUGCCUUAUCUCAUACUGUUCUCUCCGAUGUAUCUUUGUCAUGUUCCGAGGUUAAUGAAGCGCUAUAUCUGUCCUUGUACAUAAUAAUGUAGGUGUCCAUAGCCUGUAAAAGAAAGAAUAUAUUGUAUUUUGUAAUGGUGUAUGUUAGCCACGCCCCCUCCUGAUUCCUACAAUGAGUCAAUGCUUACCUAACCUUGUAACCAAUAGUGUAAUUUGUACCUAAUGUAUGAUACUGCAAAUAAAAAGAAAAUAAUAAAAAAUU